AUGGCGAGUGUUGAUGAUAUUUUCAAGAGCUCAGGCAUCUCGGGGAAGCGCAAGCUUGAUCCCAUCAGAGAUCCAAAUGAAAUCUACAAAUCAGCAAAGAUAAACGUCAACGGCUCGAAUCGCCGUGCCCAAGUCAACGAUGCGCCAGACGCAGACGAAGACGAAGACAUGGAAGCUGGCCCAGCGCCUCCUCCCGCCGACGACGAAGAUUUCGGUCCCGACCUACCUCCCGAUGACGACGAAGGUCGCUUCUUCGGCGGUGGCAUCACAAAACAAGAAUCAGAGAUCCUUGAUUACGUAGACGAAGCCGACGCUGGCCGAGCACCUGAAAAGAUCGAUGCAGCAUGGUUGCGAAAAACGUUGACCAACUUGGAGAGGCACAUCAACAAGAACGCCGAGCUUCGCGCCAAGUUCGAAGACCAACCGCAGAAGUUUAUCGGCAGUGAGGCUGAUCUAGAUGCCGACAUCAAGGGACUGUCGCUGCUCUCUGAACAUCCUGAACUGUACCCAGAGUUCGUCAGGCUAGAGUGCGUAGCCAGUGUUGUCGGUCUCCUGGCGCACGAGAAUACUGAUAUUGCCAUCGAUGCGAUCGAGAUUAUGGGCGAGUUGACAGACGAAGAUGUCGCGGCGGAAGACGAGCAAUGGAAUGUGCUGGUAGAUGCUAUGAUGGAAGCAGAUCUCCUCAGCUUACUGGUUUCCAACUUCUCCCGCCUGAACGAGGAUGAUGAAUCGGAUCGUAACGGUGUUUACCAUGCCCUAGGACUCAUUGAGAACUUGUGCUCCCGACAAUCCGUUGCAGAACGCGUAGGAGAGGAUGAGAAGCUCCUACAAUGGCUCCUCCAACGUAUCCAACGAAAGGAAGACACUGUCUCCCAGAAUAAGCAAUACGCUGCAGAAAUCUUGGCCAUUCUCGCCCAAAUGGCCGUCGCAAACCGCACGAAACUUGUAAACCUCGAUGCGGUCGACUUGCUUCUCCAGCUCAUCGCCCCCUACCGACGGCGCGAUCCUGACAAGGGCGGCGAUGAAGAAGAGUACAUGGAGAACAUAUUCGCAUCUCUAACAUGCCUAGCAGAUGAUGCUGCGGGAAAGGCAAAAUUCGUCGACGCAGAGGGUGUAGAACUCUGUCUUAUCAUGCUGAAGGAGGGAAAGAAGAGCAAACCACCUGCUCUUCGCCUCCUCAACCACGCUGCAGGCGGUAUCGCUGGCGUAGACGUCUGUCAAAAGAUUGUCGAGGCUGGUGGUCUCAAGGGUCUCUUCACACUCUUCAUGAAGACGCAAGAUCAUCGAUUAGCAGAACAUCUCGUUGAGAUCUUCGCCUCAAUGCUACGCCUCCUACCAGCUAAUUCCGCGGAGAGGAUACGAACACUAGCCAAGUUUGUGGAAAAGGACUACGAAAAGAUCUCUAAACUCAUCAAGUUCCGACGAGACUACGUCGCUCGCAUUUCACUAGCAGAGCAGCAAAACGACGCUGAGAAAGCGACUACUUCAGAAGAUGAUCGGGAGGCAGCAGAGCUAGAAUGGCUAUCCCGGAGAAUCGAUGCCGGUCUCCUCACGCUACAGACCAUCGAUACAGUUCUCGCUUGGUUAGUAGCAGAAGACACAGGAGCAGCACGCAAGAUCAGACAAAUCCUCGCCGAGCGCGACGAAAAGGUCACUGUAAUCGGCCAUACACUAAAGGAGCAGCUGGACGCUCUAGACACCACGGAGGAGAACCAGGAUCUGAGGGACAUGUUGAGCACUCUAGUCGAGUUUGUCCAGUAA